AUGACUACCGUUAAUGGCCAUCAAACGAAUAUUUACGUCGGCCUGGCCGGCGAGAGCGCUCUCGUAGUGGGGGUGGAAGGUACGCCGCUGGGUGAAGGUGGAUUGUACCGGCUUACCGAGGGCGACUCGAAGUGGGUAGCCGCCGAAAACGGUUUGCCCGCCGACCCCCAGGUGCGCGCGUUGCUGGUUCAUCCCAACAACCCGUCCACGGUAUUUGCCGGCACUCAGGACGGAGUGUACCGCAGCGAUGACUGCGGCGACACCUGGAGCCGCACCGACACCAUGAGCGGCGAAGUCUGGUCGAUGACCGCCCACCCCAACGACUCGUCAAUCAUGUUUGCCGGGUACGAUCAGGGACGAGUCUGCCGGUCUGAUGACGGCGGCAACUCCUGGCGUCAGCUCAACACCAAAGGGCUGGUUCAUCCCAACAUCACCAUGAACCCCACCGAAAUCGUGAAGCGGGUCAUCGGGCUGAGCGUCGAUCCCGCCCACCCGGAUGACAUCUACGGCGCGAUUGAAGUCGGCGGACUGAUCGCAUCCCGCGACGGCGGCGAAACCUGGUCCUGCAUCACCGAUGGCCACUACACCCGCAUGGGUCCUGUCGACCUGCACGGCGUUCAGGUCAACGCGUCGAGCCCAGGCCUGGUCUACAUCAUCACCCAGCUCGCCAUGUUCCGCAGCCGCCACCGCGGCACGGAUUGGGAAUUUGUCCCCAUCGACGAGAUGUUCGAGGGCGGCAGCUAUUGCCGUGACCUGGUGGUAGCGCCCCACGAUCCCAGCAUCAUGUAUCUGGCCGCCGGCGCCGGUGGCGGCAGCGCUCCCGCUGGCACGGUGGACGCCGGUGUGCUGGUUCGAUCCACCGACGCCGGUGAGACCUGGGAACGGCUCGACCUGGGCGAGGUCGCCCCGGCCCGCAUGUUCCAGAUCGCAAUUGACCGAAACUCGCCAGAUAACGUCUACUGCUGCGACCGGGACGGUCACGUAUAUUGUAGCGGCGACGCGGGUAACAACUGGAGUCGCACCGACGUACCGGUCGAAAUGACCAGAGGACGGCACGUGUAUCCCAUGGUGGCGGUUACCGUGCAAUCCGAGGCCCUCUGGAAAGCCACCUACCGCAUCGGCGAAGCCGACCUGGAAUACAUGGCGCUCGGGGAGGGUGAUUUGCCCGACCAGAUGCGCAGUUAUCAAUUGGCCCGCUCCGGGGUACUCGACAAUGACGAGCUGGCUGAAAACGGAUUUGCGGGCAGCACAGCCGAGCGAUUUCGCACCGCCGGCCGUAUCAGCGGCUUCAUGCGGGAGUUCGUGCCCACUUCCGAUGCUACGCCGGCGGAUGGCCUCAAUUUCGUCGGCGCUACCGUUGUCCACCUGUUUGAAAAUCCGGAGCAGGUGUCGGGCUGGAUGUCCGAUAUUUUUCUGAAAGACUUUGAGGAAAACGUGGGCCAGAGCGUCGGCUCGGGCCAGCAGAUCGUUGCAGUAAACCGGGUUCAGGCCAGCGGAUUGUACGAUGAAGCGGUGGGCUUGCAGGUUUUGCAGGGCGGGCCGGCCGGUCUGCUCUCCUCGACGGUUAUAGACUUCCGCGUCGGCCGUCUCCUGGGAGUGGCCUUCGUUGGAGCCGUGGGCGAACAUGAUCGCACCGAACUCGCCACGAAUCUGGCGUUGUCACUGGAACGCCGCAUCGUCCAGGUGGCCCUCGGUUCGUUGUAA